CCCCUACAGAAGGAGUGUUAAUGUUGAUUUGCCGUCACCUUGAUCUCUGAAGACCGUAGCUUUCACUGUUUCUGAGGAUCAUAUCAUCUGGACAGGGAUCAUGGCCUAUCAGUGCAAACUGGCUGAGAAACUGGUCAUUCUGAAUGAUCGGGGUCAAGGAGUGCUGAUCAGGAUGAACCACAUCAAAAAGGUAUGCACAGACCCAAAACGAAGACCAUCAAACCUGACUGACAAAAGCAUGGAAUCUGCCGUAAAAUACAUUAACAGAAAAUUCCCCAACAUUGACAUCAGGGGCGGCAGUCAACAUCUGAGCAGCAUACAGAAGCAGAAGUCAGCCAUAUUGGAGGGUCUGCACAGUUAUUAUGAGUCCUUCAUGGAUGUCAUGGAGUUUAGGUAA